AUGUCCAUAGCCUUUAGUACAAGGCCUGGUCCAUCACUUUCGGUCGGGUAUAUAAGUCGAUUCGUCGAGAACCCGACGGUACAGCAUGGCGGACCCUUGAAGCGACACUUGCCAUUACAAGCUGUAGGAAUUUUGUUCUCGCGACCGCUACAAUCAAAUGUGAUUAGAGAUGACGAAAUCCGCGACACCGACUGGGCAUCUGCCCAGAUUCUAGAAAGAGCGUCACAGGCUACGCAUUACAUAUGGCCGGAGGACCGGUGGCUUGGGUUUCAUGACGGUCGACAGUGCGUGGCUAAAGCUGAUUACGUUGCAUCAUGUAAGGCUUAUACGGAUGGACGAGCGCUGGCGAUUGUGGAAGUACUACCCAAGACGAACGUAGACUUUUUGCUAGGAGUGGACAACCAAGCGGCUAUCUCGUUAGACACCAAACUAACUUACAACAGAAAGGCGCGUCAUAUUGAAUUGAGGUUUCAUAAUGUUUGCGAACAAGUUACCAGGAAAGCCGUCCACGUCCAAAAAAACGACGACCAUGUCAACCCUGCCGAUCUGCUAACAAAGCCGCUCGGAUGCCUUCGGCUGAUCAUGAUAAAGCACCGCACUGUCGAAUCAACACGUCGUGCAGAGCUACGUCAGCUAUACCAAGAAAACAAGAGCGAAGAGACAACAAGUAUCAGAACGCAACGCUGCAACUUAUGUUCCGAGUGUACUCAUGGGGGGUAUUGUUGA